GCGCGCUUGUGUUUUGUUUACUACGCUCAUUUGUUGUUAAUUCACCGCGUCCGACGAUCACCUGUAGCACGUGGUUGUUGUGUUCGGUAAAGGCAGGCAAAACCUGUGUGUGUGUAAAAUUUGGAGAAAAUACAAACUGUUUUUGUGUAACCAGUGUAUUAUAAAGUUUGAUUGUUUUAAUUAUCUUAAUUUGCACAUAAAAGAUCCUACACAAAAUGGAUGAUAUAUAUUGGAACUCCAUAUCGUUCGGCAGUGAAGAAUCCCUCCAGGAGCCAGUCAGCAGGCCCUACGUGGACCCCUGGGACCUGGAGAACUACGCGUACAUCCGAAGUCAUUUGGACGCAGAAAUCAGUUCGGAACAGAGUACAGGCGACGAAUUCGCCGAACAAAAUUCGACUUCCUUCAGUUACAUCCCGGGAAGCCGCGGUAUGACGCCACCGAAACGUCAUGGUGGCGGUGGUGGGGGUGGGAAAUACGAUUCUCUGAUGACCGAACAGGGGGGUUAUGCGGCUAUAGAUGAGGUGAAUAUUUAUGACAGGAGGCCCAAAAUUGGUGGGAGGAGAGUUAGAAGCCACAGCAGAGAUAUCGACUUCGAUUCAGAUUCCAAUGAAUCUCCAUACGAAGACGGACAAAUCGACCCGUCUCUAUAUGUUUAUGGCGUUAAAGAAAAAAUCUACAGAAAACUUCCAACUCCACUAUCAACUAUGAGAGACAGAAGUUUGAGUUUUUCUUAUGGCGAUUACGGUUCCAGUCCACGCAACGAAAUUUACUCCCGUUUGGAUGACAUGACCCCUAGAAGAGAAUCCACUGUUCCAAUAUACGAAGACGCAAGAUAUGGAGCCAGCAAUAAACCAAACAACUUUGGAUUAAGCAAUUACGGACACUUAAAAAUUGACUACUCAUACAGUUGGAAUAGUCUGGACAAAUACAUUUGUAAAUAAUCCCUCUACCUAAACUACACAUUUAUUUAUUUAUUUUCAUUGAAAAGACUGUAUCAUUACUACUAAGUAGUACAAAGUCUUGUUAUAUAAAAAAUAACUGUAAAUAAGCAAUCUGCAUAGGAUAUAUUCACUGAUAUAAUAAACAUUAAUCAUUUAUGUAAUAGAUUUAUUUAUAUAAAUAAAAUAUAUAUAAUAUAUUUAUAAAAGCGAAACACAUAAAAAUAAUAAUAAAGCGUAUUGGUUUAAGUACACAGCUUAUGUAUAUCAUUCAAACUUGUCCGUGAAAAGAUCAUUGCAAAAAAUAUUAUUAAUCAAAAUACUCCACUCAUUCCUAAGCGAAUGAUUCUCCUCUAAUAUAAAUUUAGUGUCGAUUUUUUUAAAUAUCCUACCAUUUUUGGUGGGUUCCAUAUGUGAUGAUUCUAAAAAUAACUCUUUAGUGGAGUAUUUUACUUUUGUAAGUAUAUUAUUUUACCCACCGUUUUGUUUUGGUUUUACUGAAGGAAGAUUUGGUUUUAUUGAAGAAGCAGCUGAUUUAAGAAGGAAGUCCAGGUCGUUUAGGUUUGAGUUUAUUGUUGUAAUUUGUUGGUCCAGAUCAAACAUGGAUUUUAUCAACUUUUCAAGGCUAUUUAGGAUGUGA